AUGGGAGGAUACUGUAAGAACUUCUACAUGAACAAGAUAGACCAUCUCGAGGUUCUUGUGGCAAAGAAAAUGAAAGUAGUGCAAGUUCUUGAGCAAAAACGUGCAGAGCUUAACCGGCGCGUAAGGCUUCUCAGAGAGGAGAUUUCAAUUGUUCAGGAGCCAAGCUCAAAUGUUGGAGUGAUCGUAGAGAAGAUGGGCAAAAUGCAGGUUCUUGUCAAAACAAACCCCGAUGGCAAAUAUUUGGUGAAGGUUGAAUCCUCAGUGAACUAUGAUGACCUUAAACCUGGAGUAAGAGUUGCAUUGCGAAGUGACUCCUAUGAUGUUCACAGGAUUCUUCCGACAAAAGUGGAUCCUCUUGUUUCGCUUAUGAUGGUCGAGAAGGUUCCUGAUUCAACAUACCAGAUGAUUGGCGGGCUUGAUGAGCAGAUCAAGGAGAUCCGCGAGGUAAUUGAACUUCCAAUAAAGCAUCCUGAGCUUUUUGAGAAUCUUGGAAUUGCACAGCCAAAGGGCGUGCUGCUCUAUGGGCCUCCUGGAACAGGAAAGACACUGCUUGCAAGAGCAGUAGCACACCACACGCAAUGCAAAUUCAUAAGGGUUUCUGGGUCUGAGCUGGUUCAGAAGUAUAUUGGAGAAGGGUCGAGACUUGUAAGAGAACUUUUUGUCAUGGCCAGGGAGCAUGCGCCGUCAAUUAUUUUUAUGGAUGAAAUAGAUUCAAUUGGAUGUGCAAGGAUGGAUGGAAAGGCAAGCGGAGACAGCGAAGUGCAAAGAACGAUGCUGGAGUUGCUAAAUCAGCUUGAUGGGUUUGAGUCACACAAAAACAUCAAGGUCAUAAUGGCAACGAAUAGGAUUGACAUUUUGGAUCCAGCACUGCUAAGAACAGGGAGGAUUGAUAGAAAGAUUGAAUUCCCACAGCCCAAGGAAUCUGCACGGAUUGAGAUAUUGAAGAUCCACUCAAGAAAGAUGAAUCUUACAAAGGGAAUUAACCUCGAGUCCAUAGCAAACAAGAUGGCCGGGACGUCUGGAGCGGAAGUUAAAGCAGUUUGUACUGAAGCAGGAAUGUAUGCAUUAAGGGAAAGAAGGGUCCAUGUGACGCAAGAGGACUUUGAAAUGGCUGUUCAUAAGGUUCUGAAAAAAGCAGGAGAUGCGAAUUCUGAUCUGAGAAAGUUAUUGAAAUAA